AUGCCAGCGACAACGGGAGACGCAGCGAGCGGCAUUCCUCGAAGAGUUGGAGACAAUGCAACGCCCGGAAACCAAACGGUAGUGGACAGCGCACCGAAUAAUCGACGCAGUCGCCGAGUCUGCGACAGCCUUCAUUGGGAUAGCGGGGGGCGACAUAAAUCACCCCCCAGAGGACGAAAGCGGCCCGACUGGUGGCUUGUUACGCGUGCGGCCACAACGAUGGACGCGCCGAUUGCGCGGCCCCCGAACGGGCGAUCCAUCACCGCCACAAAAAUAUUUGUAUGCACAGAAAUAGCGCGGGAACGCUUCCGUCCGAAACGGCCGAUUGCGCCAACAAUGCGCGAUUGUCGGAUCGGAGUUCCACGGGCGAAGCCUGAUACACGAACGGAUGACGAAUGGCGCCGCGUACGGUUCAGG